AUAAAAGCAGGACAUCCGACACUCCCCUUGUGUGUCAAGAAGGGCAAGUCAGGGAAGUUUUACUUUAUUGCCAGUUGGUAUCACAGUGUUAUUCUUUUCAUUCAUAGAAAUGAGUUAUCCUGGAUAUGGUGCUCCCGCAGGCGGAUACCCAGGAGGGUAUGGAGGUGCCCCUGCUGGUGGCCACCCUCCUGGUGGCCCUGGCUUUGGAGGAUACCCUGGUCAGCAGCAAGACCCUCUCUAUGGAUAUUUUGCUGCUGUUGCAGGCCAGGAUGGGCACAUAUCAGCAGAAGAGCUCCAGCAAUGCCUCACACAGGCUAACUUCUCUGGUGGCUACAAACCUUUUAACCUGGAGACCUGCAGACUGAUGAUCAACAUGCUGGAUAGAGACAUGUCAUGUACUAUGGGCUUCAAUGAGUUCAAGGAGCUGUGGACCGUGCUCAAUGGCUGGAAGCAGCACUUCAUGUCCAUUGACCGUGACCAGAGUGGGACCGUGGACCCCCAGGAGAUGCACCAGGCAGUUACUUCCAUGGGCUACAGACUGAGCCCACAAGCCAUGAACGGCAUCAUCAAGAGAUUCAGUUCUCAGGGGAAGAUCACCUUUGAUGACUACGUAGCUUGUUGUGUGAAACUCAGAACCCUGACUGAUCUGUUCCGAAAGCGGGACCAAGCUGGACAGGGAAUGGCCACAUUUCCAUACGAUGAUCACAGGGUCAUGGAGACUUGGGUCCUGUUGGUCUUCAGAUUGUUGCUCUUUGUGCAGACUGGACACAGCAAGCAGUCCUGCCAGCCAGUGACCGUGGACUUUUGUCAAGAUGUUGGUUACAACACGACCAUCAAUCCAACCCACCAAACCAGGGACUACAACCUGAGGCAGCUUCGUAAGAUCGUGAAGACGGGCUGCUCUCCAGAGGUCACAGUUUUCCUAUGUGGCGUUGUUUCACCUGAGUGUGUGUUGGAUGACAAGAUUCCACCCUGCAGUUGGCUCUGUGAGAGGGUGAAGAAUGAAUGUGAGCUUUUUCUGAGAGAGAAGGGUCUAAACUGGCCAGAGAAGAUCAGAUGUGAGGCUUACCCCAAACAAUCCUGUGCCAACGGCCAAGAGAGUAUCCCUGCACCAAACCCUGCAGGAACCUGUGAGCCAAUCAUCAUCCCUCUCUGCAAGGACCUGCCCUACAAGGACACUGUAAUGCCCAACCUAUUAAACCACUCCACACAGGAGGUCGCUGGUUUAGAAUUGAAUCAGUUUUACCCUCUGGUAAAGGUGCAGUGUUCUCCUCACCUUCAGGCCUUCCUGUGCUCCGUCUACACUUCAGAGUGUGUUUCAGGGAAAGCCCGCCCACCCUGCAGAGCUCUGUGUGAGCUAGCCAGAAAGGACUGUGAGGGGCUAAUGAACAAGUUUGGUUUUCAGUGGCCCAGUCAGUUGGAGUGUGACACCCUCACAACGGAAUCUUGUGAACAUUUUGGCGUGACCAGUGCUCCGUCCCCUGAGGGCCCCUGCCAGACAAUCACCAUGCCACUGUGCCAGGGCAUCUCCUACAACCUGACGGCCAUGCCAAAUCUGCUGGGGCACAAAAAACAGGCGGAGGCGGCCGUUAAAAUGGCUCGAAUGGAGUAUGUAUUGAAAUUGACUUGUUCUGUGGAUAUCCGCUUCUUUCUGUGUUCUGUCUACGCUCCCCAGUGUGUGGAAGGGGAGGUGCAGCGCCCUUGCAGAUCCCUUUGUGAGAGAGCCAAACUGGGGUGUGACAGUGUGUUGAAUACGUUUGGGAUGUCCUGGCCUGAUGAUCUGAGCUGUGAAUCCUUUCCAGAGGAGUCAUGCGUGAGAGGGGACAGUAAUCCCGAGCAACUCACGGCUGAGGAACUCCUGGUCAAGCUGAAUGAACUUGGUCACUCUGUUCGGGACCAAUCACUAAGUCUUCAAACUGCCCACAUAUUGUUGGCUCUAGAAGAUAAAGACAAAUCAGGCAAACUGGAUGUGAAAGAAUUCCACAGCCUAAAGAACUAUGUGUCUGUUACCAAGAGAGAGUACUCAGAGUCCUAUGAGUGGCAGAACCCAGGGUUCGUCACAGAAUACCAGAUGAAGAAUGCGCUUGAUGUCCGUGAUCUCAGUUUGGACGAUGAAACGUUCAAAACACUAUGGGACCGGUACAGCUCUGGUGGAGGGAUCAAAUACGAUGACUUUAUGGCCAUUCUCACAAGGCUCAAGAUCCUGAAGGGUCGCUUUAAAUCCCGACUCAUUUCACCUGUGAUGCUGCAACAGACUGUGAGGUAGCCAGUUUCUCCUUCAGUCAGUUGAUCCAAGUAACCAUUAUGUAAGCUGGCGGCAGCUGUCCAGUCACCAGCAAGAGUUCAAUUGACCUGGAAUGCAAUGCAAUGCAGUAACCUGUUAUGGACCAAAAAAACAAUAUUCUGCUGCUUUUUAGUACAUGCCUGUCAAAAAUGAUUGUCAUAGUGCUGUACAAUUUGUGACUGAUGUCCACCUGAAUAUGAUGGCUGUUUCCUCCUGGUUUGUUUGAAUCUCUUUCUGUACAUUUUCUUGCUACAUUGUUUAUAACACAUUUACACACAUAUUUUUGGGGACUCAGUAUUCUAUCGUGUUUUUCAGUUAUACGACAAGACUAGAGACUUUAUUCUCCAUAUCGUCAUUUUUUCUUAAACUUUUAUGUCAUGUUUCUUUUGUCUGUAUACUGUCAUUCUGCUUUUAGCUGCAAAGUUGUACAAGACAGACUAACUAAUAGUAAUAAAACCUUUAUAAAUAUA